AUGAAGCGCAAGCUCGAUCAGAAUGGCGUACCGUCGCCGGAACCCGAGAAUCAAAAACGCACAAAAUCAGAAACAGAAUCACCAGCAGAUGCAGAGCUUACCUUUGCUGACCUUGGAUUGGACCCUCGCCUCGUCCAGGCCGUCGCCGAACAGAAGUUUCUCAAGCCAACACUCGUCCAACGCAAAGCCAUUCCUCUUGCAUUGAACGGGAAAGAUGUCCUUUGCAAGUCCAAGACUGGCUCUGGAAAGACUGCUGCGUACAUUCUCCCUGUGCUGUCUGCUAUCCUGAAGAAAAAGAGCAACGAGUCUGUCGCCGCUACGACCGCUUUAAUAUUGGUACCGACUCGAGAGCUUGCAGACCAAGUCUUCAAAGUCAUUGAGCAAUUCUCCACGUUCUGUGCCAAGGAUGUCCGCGCCGUGAAACUGACGGACAAGCUCUCUGAUGCCGUACAACGAUCUCUGCUGUCUACGAACCCUGAUAUCGUCAUAUCUACCCCCGCACGAGCAUGGUAUAAUGUGAAAUCGAACCAGUCCGCACUUUCUCUUGACAAACUCACCCACCUCGUACUGGAUGAAGCCGAUCUGCUGCUGUCGUAUGGAUAUGACGAAGAUUUGGAGAACCUGUCCUGGUCCAUUCCGAAGGGGAUACAGACGACCAUGAUGAGUGCUACUUUAACGGCAGAAGUGGAUUCACUAAAGAAGAUAUUCUACCGCGAUAACGCUCCGACUCUGCUGGACCUAGAGGAACCAGAUGAGGAAGGCGAGGGAGUGACGCAGCUGGUUACAAAGUGUGCCGAGGAUGAGAAGUUCCUCUUGGCUUAUAUCAUUUUUAAGCUGCAACUAGUCAAGGGAAAAUGCAUCAUCUUCGUUGGCGACGUCGACCGAUGUUACCGAUUGAAGCUGUUCUUUGAGCAAUUUGGCAUUCGAAGCUGUAUUUUGAACUCGGAAUUACCCGUAAACUCUAGAAUUCACGUCGUCGAAGAGUUUAAUCGCAAUGUGUACGACAUCAUUAUUGCUUCGGAUGAGAAGGAGGUUCUCGGAAAUGAAGAGAAGGCCGACGAGGAAGAAAAUAACGAAGGUGCAGAGAAUGCGGAUUCUGAUGCAGAGAAAGAGGAGCAACGGCCGAAGAAGAAGCGCAAAGGAUCGAAGCGAGACAAGGAAUACGGUGUUUCUCGAGGUAUUGACUUCAAGAACGUUGCUGCUGUCAUUAAUUUCGAUCUCCCCACAUCUGCUUCGUCGUACACACACCGCAUUGGACGUACGGCACGUGCCGGUAAGGCUGGCAUGGCAUUAUCGUUCGUUAUUCCCAAGGAACAAUUCCGGAAGCACAUGCCUACAACAAUUCAAAGCGCCGAGAAUGACGAGAAGGUGCUGGCAAGAAUUACCAGGCAACAAGCUAAGAAGGGCAAGGAAAUCAAGCCGUACAACUUCAACACCAAGCAAGUGGAGGCUUUCCGAUAUCGUAUGAAUGAUGCCCUUCGCGCUGUCACCAAGGUGGCUGUCCGUGAGGCGCGGACACGGGAACUACGACAAGAACUACUAAAGAGCGAAAAGCUCAAGAGGUAUUUUGAAGAGAACCCAUCGGAAAUCAACCACCUUCGACAUGAUGGUGAACUGAGAACGGCGAGACAACAGGCUCAUUUGAAGCAUAUUCCAGAGUACUUGUUACCGGAGAAUGGAAAGAAGGGCCUCACGGAGAGUGACAUUGGCUUCGUUCCGCUGAGGAAGCCUGGCAAGCUGCGUGGGCAGAGGAAAGGAAAGGGCACAAAACGAGGCGGUUUCCGUGUUGGAGGCCGAAAAGGUGAUCCUCUCAAAACGUUUAAAGCAAGGAGAAGGGCGAAAUAG